GGCGCACGAUAACAUUAAGAAAUCACGCACGAGAUUCACGAGUUUUUGCUCUCAAAUUUCGCAACGCCGCCGGACUUUGAAAACAGGCGGCGUGGCGGCGUGAGCGGCAGACGUGCGGCAGCGGGACACGCGGCCACGGACGACACUCCUGCUCGGUGCCUGUGUUACGGUGCUCCUCCAACAGUCACGUGAACGACUUUCCGUAGCGAGUGUUCCGCGGCAGACACCGGUCGGCGCCGCUCACCCCCGCUGUCGAGGAGUGUUGUCAGUGCCGGUGCCAUGUGCGGGAGGCGCGCGGUUCGCUGAGUCAGGUGUUCGUGAACAACUUUGUGCCUCGCUUACCACCGUGUACCUCUCACAAUAACCCUAAGGAACAUGCCCGCCCGCGGGUGCCACCAGUACCACUCCAACGGUGGGCCGCUGCUGGGACUAUCGUCCAGAUCUGUGUCCGUCCCUGCCCUGUACACCGCCCCGCCCAGGAAACUGCCCUCCGCAGGCAUGGGUGCCCUGGCCUCACCGCGCGAAACACUGGGCGCCUUUCACCCCCUCCUGACCACUAAUGGCCUUCAGCUGAACCAUAAGAUACGAGAUAAGUCCGACGUAUCCUACUGCGAGAACGGGGACUGGCCUCGCAGCAGCUCGCCGGCGCCCUCCACCCACAGCGGCACGUCUUCGCUGCCCUCCGAGGAAGUGGCCGACUCAGGCGUGUGUUCAGAACACGACACGCCGCCGCUCACGGUCCGCGGCCAUCCCUCACAGACACGGCCUCUCCUGCACCGCCAGGUUGCCUCAGACUCAGACAACGAGAGUAACCUGUCCAGCGACUCCCUGCCAGAGCAGUGCCGCAGGAAGGUGCUCUGGACGCCCCCGCGUCGCGCCCCGCGCCCCGGCGGCGGCAAGCUCACCCUGCCCGAGGCACUACUCGAGGAGAUCAAAGAGAAAUGGCAGGAGUUACAACAUAAACGUCAACAACACGGGCGAGUGGACGUCCCUGAGCGGGGCGGUGGCGGGCACCUGGGCACGCGUGUGGUAUCGGGCCAGUGGUCUGCUGGACGCCACACUCACCACCGUCGCGCCUCCUGCCCCGCCAGCCCUGUGCUCUCCCGCGCCUCCUCCAUCUCCUUUCCUUCCUCAUUUUCGCUGCUUGACGAGGACUUGGAGUCGCCUCGCACCUCGCCCGUGUACCUGGACAACUGGCGUCCAAUGGGGGUGCAACGGCCCUGUGAAAAUGUGGGGGCGCGAGCCCUGUACGAGUGUCGCGACGAGGAGGCCGGCCAGGGCUUUGCGGGCAUCCGGGACAUCUUCUCCCCGCAGCAGGAGUCUACCAUCAAGAGCUGCAAGGGCACAGUCAGGGGCGUGAAGAACCGCGUCAGGGCGGGCAUCGCCACCUUCACGUCAGACCAAAGGCUAACCAAGUACUACAAAGACAAAGAGCGCGGGAAGGUGGUGGUGUACACGACAACGCUCGGCAUCGUCAGAGACACCUACGAGCGCUGCCUCCGCAUCCGCAAGAUCCUGUGGACGCUGCUGGUGCGCUUCGAGGAGCGGGAUGUGUUCAUGGCCAGAGACACACAGCUGCAGCUCCUCGACCGCCUCCACUCCCCCAAUGUGUCCGUCCCGCAUGUGUUCCUGGAGGGCCAGUACCUCGGGGACGCUGAGCAGAUCGAGCAACUGAACGAGUGCGGGGAGCUGCGUCGCCUCCUGCAGCCUUACCGGAGGGCGUGUCAGAUCAGCCCCUGCGAGACCUGCGGGGGCUUCCGGCUGCUGCCCUGCUCGGUGUGUAACGGCUCCAAGAAGUCCGUCCACCGCAACGACUUCACGCUCGAGUUCGUGGCCCUCAAGUGCUCCAGCUGCGACGAGUCCGGGCUGGUGCGCUGCGGGGACUGCCUCGAGGAUAAAGAUGACCUGGAGCGUCCGGCGUGAGGCUUAGGUUCGUGGGAGAAUGGGAAGACUACGAGGAGGACGAGGAGGGAGGUGUGACGGAAGGGAUAGUGACGAGACGAGGAGGGAGGAGAAAGGAAGGAAAAGUGACGGAAGCGAUGAAGAAGGGAGAGGAUGUCGGAACGAGGGAUAGGAGAGACAAGUGAUUGAGAAGGGAGUGUUAGCAGAAGGGAGAGAAGAAGAGAUGAAAGAAGGAGGCAUUUGAGGAGACUUAUGAGGGAGAGGAAAGAGAGGGAAGAGGAGAGGAGGCAAAUGAGGAAGGAAAUAUUGCAGAAGCGAAAGGGAAAGGGGAAGACAAUUAGAGAAAAGGAGGACUAAAGAGGAAACAAAAUAACAGGCGAGGAGAGCGCUUGAGGGGGCAUGGCUGAAGGAAUAAGAGAAAGGAGGGAAUAGACACUCGAGGGCUUCAUGAGUCUAAGCAAAAGGGAAAAAGAAGGGAGAGAAGAGGAGAGAAAAAGAGUUACGGAGACACAUGGAGUCUUUGGUGCUUCAUAUAUUCUUUAUUGCCUCAAGAAGCGCCUCCACAUGUCCACUUGCUUCCCUGGGGCUGCCUCUCUUACCCCUCCUCGCACCUGUCUGAAUCACCCCCUACCCCCCUCCCUCGCUGCAGCAGGUGUCGUCGCCCCGCCCCCCUAACAAGACUCCUCCAGUUUCUAGUUGUUUUAUGUAAUAUUUGUCUUCCCUUUCUCUUUGCCCUCCUCUCCUACCCCCCCUUUCCUUGCCUCUUUCCCCCCCUCCCUGCCUACCGUCUUUCCUUCCUUGCUAACUCUGCCUCUCCUCGUCUCGUGCAUCCCUGUCACUUUCCCUUCCUCCUCUACCUCCCUCCCUUCCUCCCUCCCUCCCAUUUCUCCACUAUACGAGGAGAAACCUUCCGCGAGUCACACAUAAACGAUAAUAAUCUUUAACAUGUAAAAAAGUAGGAGUAGCUAACCGAACGAGAGCUGUGAUUGGUGGUUCCCGAAGUCACUGUAAUACACUCGUACUAACACACGGCAGAGACAUGCCAGUCCUCGUCGACGGACAGACUUGGUCGGCUCGGCUGACGUCAGUUAACAGAGUCGGAUCUGUUGUCAUCCUCUGCAUGGGUCGUCACCCGGCAAAGGCCCAUGGUCCCUUCGCGUUGGGACAAAUCUACUACGGGCCGCCAUAAUUCGUCAAGGGUUCGUGCUUCCCCAUCUUAUUAAAAAGAAAAAGAAGUCGCACACGGCAAUCGGUCGCCCCGUGCACGAGCCAGAACGUGAGCUGAAGAAGGAAAACGGAUUGAUUGAUGGAAGACGACCGAAGGGGAAUGAUAGAAAACCGUCAAGAUGGGAAUGAUAGAACACGGACAAAAGCAUAACGAUAAAAAAAGAAAAAAAAGAGAGGAAGAACAGAAAACGGGCAGGAGGGGAACGAUGGAUGACCUUACUAAUUGGUUGUCCUUCCCUCUGUGUCCUCAGUCUUAUCUCUCUCUCUUUCCUCUGUUGCUGUUCCUGUGUCGUCAGCUGAAGCGUGCGUGCGGACGAGAUGAAAGAAGAGAUGAAAAGAGAGAGGAAAAAAAAGAGAAGAGAAAGAGGAAAAGAGAGGAAGAAAGAAGACUGGUAUUUCUUCGCUUGCUUUCCCUUUUAUCACUGGCGCCGCGUCACACACUGGAUACACAACAACGCCCAUCACACACUACACACACACAGGUUACACACUUUUAUAUACACACAGUAAUCUAGUAUCUCGUUUUUCUUGUUUUCGUUUUGUUUCGCAGGUUCUGGAGUGAUGUAUGUAUGUAUGUAUGUGUAUCAUUUUCACCUGUACGUGUAAUAGUUUUGUAUGUAUACCCGUUCUUGUAUUUUUUCCUUCUCCAGAGAAUAAAGUAUUAUAUGUAUAGA